GCCCGGUAAUGUAAUCAUGACCCGAACCAUUACACUGGGCAAGAGAAAAGAAUCUUCCCUUUCCUUCGAUCUGUGGGUCCUGCAGAUGGAGAAAACACGUGGUCACGGACGUGCGCUUACGACUUCCAUUCUAUUUGACAUAUUUGUGGUUUUGUGAGCCCACGCCACGCGGGAGGAGAAACAGUAUCGCUGCAACUCUCAGUCCGUGCAGUGGCGAGGAGCAGAGCUGCCAGUCUUUACAAAGUUAUGACAUUUUAUGUGCAACUUUUGGCAUAUGACCAAUACUGAAGCGGAAUCUCAAAUGACUCUCAAACGUUUGUUUUGCGCCUGUUUAGUUGUGUGAACAUGGAUCACUGUGCUGUUUUCAGAUACAACUUGUCAACAACAAAGUAGUUACAGAUACGCCGUGUAAUUUGGUGGAAGAGCAUGGUGACUGAUACAUCGAAACUAUAGCCUUUCAACUGAAACGCGUGUGCUGUGUCAGCCGCAAUGAAAGACUCAGACGAGAUUGUUGAGGAGGAGGAUGUCCAGUCAUUUGGAUAUAAGAGGUUUGGUAUCCAAGAUGGAGCUCAGUAUACCAAGUGUAAGACUGAAUGGGCUCUGAAGGUAGCUGUUGGCCUUCUGUAUGUGCUGUGUGCUCUGCUGUCCAUUGCUGUAGCCAUAAUGAGUUACAAAGUGGUACAGAGGAUUGAUACUGUCACUGGAAGAAUGCAUAGUUAUGGAGGGAAAAUCAGUGCUAUGGAGUUGAAUGUGAAAAAGCUAGAUGAUGAGGCUGGUGUGAAGCUUAGGAGCACAUCCAGUGAGUUGCAGAUGUAUCGGUCAAGCCUGUUGACCAUGCGCCAGGGACUGGCUGCCGUCUCUGACCACGUGAACAGCAAUGGCGCCACUCUGCAACAGCUCCGCUCCUUAUCUCAGGACCUUCGUGCCCUGCAGGACUUCCUGCAGUCGCAGCUGGAGACGAACAUGGGGAUGCUGCACUCUGCUAAUGCCACACUCCUGACAGUCGCUACGAGAAUGCCUGUCCUGCAGAGUGACACGGAGCGUCUCCGGCAGAGCCUGCGCACUUGCACGGACAUGCAGCAGGUGCUGCAACUCACCACCGACCGCCUCAACCUCACACACAUGCAGCAGGAUACCGUCACCGCUGCACUGCAGCACUCAACAGAGGUUGCAGCCGAGGCCGCGCAGAUCAUGCAGCAUGAUGCACUGGCUCUGCAGCAGGACACGUUGCUGAUGGCCAGCAAUGUGAACUGGCUGCGGGAAAAGAUCAGCAACGCGGAGAGGGCCGGGCUCAACACCACAGCCCAUGCCCAGGCCAUCUCGGAGGUGCUUGAGGAGAUGAGCACUCAGCUCACUAACAUCACCACUCAAAUUGUCAACAUUAGCACGCUGAGCGAUAGCAAUGCAGUAAGCCUGCGGGAGCUGCUGGACCAGGAACGGGAGUUCAGCAGCCGCACAGGAACCCACUUCAACUACCUGGAAGAGCAGCUGGACACCGGGGAAGAGAUCGUUGACAUGGUGACAGGGAAUGUGAGCUAUGCAACUCAAAUGCUGGGUGGGGUGAACAGAGAGCUCAGUGCCCUGCGGAGCUGUUCAGACACUGUGGGGAGCCAUUCGGACCUCCUGCUGAGUCUCAAAAGGAGCCUGGCUGGGGUACAGGUGCAUGGGGCAGCUCUCAGGACCCAGCAGGGCGAUCUGUCGGCACGGCUGGACAAGGAGGUCAGCAACCUGUCGAUUGUCAUGGAGGAGAUGAAGCUAGUAGACAGCAAGCAUGCACAGCUCAUUACCAACUUUACAGUACUGCAGGGCCCACCGGGUCCAAGGGGCCUUCGUGGUGAAAAAGGCCCCAUUGGUACUGUUGGCCCUCCUGGACAGAAGGGAGAACGAGGCGAUAGAGGAGAGGCAGGUGUACCUGGCUCUCAAGGAGUAAAGGGAAGCUCUGGCUAUCCUGGAUUUACAGGAUUGACAGGCAAGCAAGGUUCUCCUGGUAGCUCUGGACCAAAGGGACCACGAGGAUCAGGAGGUCGUGCAGGACCUCGGGGUGUCAAUGGAGAGACCGGCACACCUGGACAGCCAGGCAGAGAUGGGUUGCCCGGACCUCAGGGGGCCCACGGACCAACAGGUGUUCGUGGACUAUUUGGAUCUGUAGGGCAGCCAGGACCUGCAGGACCAGUAGGGCCAAUGGGCCCUCCAGGACCACCAGGGUUACCAGGACCCCCAAGAAGAUUAGCUCCAUUGCCAACUAUAGGUGUUGAACUGCAAGGAGAGGUGCCAACAGUUGCUACCAUAUCUCUGCCAGGUGCACCUGGUUGCCCUGAAGACUGGUUAAGGUUCAGAAACAGCUGCUAUGGCUUCAUUACCGAGCAGCUUAGUUUUGAUGGCGCCCAGAAGAAAUGCAGUGCUAUGGCUUCAUCCUUGCUCAUCAUCAGGGAUAGUGAAGAACAGGACUGGCUGCAUCUUCAUACAGUGGGUAAAGGAUAUUUCUGGCUGGGUUUGACAGACAGAGAGGAAGAAAAUGUAUGGCGCUGGGUGGACGGCUCACUGCCUACUUUCAUGAAAUGGAGGCGUGGUCAACCUGAUAAGUGGAGCCAUGGACAUGAAGACUGUGCAGGACUCGUUCACGGUGGCCAGUGGAAUGACUUCAAUUGUGAUGAUCAAAUUGGCUCCAUUUGUGAGAGAGCAGUGGACAGCUGAAAUUUGUGAUAUUCCAGCAAGUGUAUAUAAAAUGGCCAUGCCCUGGUCAGCUGUAGUCAAAGACCCCCACAGCUUGAAACAGUGUUGGAUGGUUGACAGGCAUAUUAACCAUGGAGGUGCUCCAGAAGCAGGUACAAUGAAAGAAGGAAAACAGUCAUCCUUUCCAGCAGAAGAUGCAAGAGACUGCAGCCUUUUGGGUCAAGAAUUUGAUUUCCAUUAGUAAAAGGAGACUUAGACAUGUAUCCACCACUUAUCUAAAAUCUGUAUUAUAUAUCAGUGUAUCAGAGACAGUCAAAUGGAACCACUAGUCUUAGGUUUUUCAUUUGUUCAUACAGAAACUAUGUUGAACUACGCUUAGUUAAAUAGUGGACUUGCUAACCAUGACCUAAUCAUACAAAUAAAUUGGCUUGAUAACUGUAAAAAGAUCCAAAUUAAAAACAUCUUUAGAUACAGUACUCCUACAGGGAUAGAAGCAUAUAAAUUUGCAUUUUAGUACUUUGGUACCCAAAUAAUUUUUAUAGUAAGAUAUGCUUAUGAUUUUGGAUCGGGUCAUAUUCCUCUAAAUUUGCUUUCUGUGUCCUAUUUGUUUUUAUUGUCUCAGACAGUCCCACACACCUCAGUUCUUUCCUUGACAUAUCAUUAGAGUGGUGGGCCCUAUGUGGAAUUCUAAUGGUUUGGCACAGGAUAUUUGACCUCUUAUCUUGUGUACAUAACAUCAUAGACAUGAAAUAACAUUACACGUAGCAGAAAUGCCAAUCAUAAAUUAGUUUUUUAUUCUUUUGAAGUAUUGGUGUAAUAUUUUUUCACUGCUUAUGUUUUCGUAUUGCUCAUGUAAAAAAGAAUUCCAAUAACAUUAUCAUUUUUUUGUCUCUUACCCUGCUUUUUAUUAAUUUAAUACUCAUUAACUUGCAGUGCACUUAAUAAAAUGAACACAUUCAUUUU